UAAAGAUGAAAGCGCAUGUUCUACAUUCAGCAAAGGAAGCUGAUACAAAGACAGAAAUAUAUAUCAGAAAAUGCGGGAAUUAUGAAGACGACCACGAGGGGAGAGCCAUUGGAUAGAUAUUUAGCAGAGCUUGGCUUGUGGAGAAAAAGUAUAGCGAAGGACGGGUUCUCACUCUUCAGAGCUGUUUCUGAACAGUUGUUUCUUUCCCAAGUCUAUCAUGUCCAAGUCAGAGAUGCGUGUGUCAAAUACAUGUCACAGUACCCGGCCAAAUUUGAACAUUUUAUACAAGGGCCAUAUGAGAGUCAUCUACGAGAUUUAAAUCAACCAAAGGAAUGUGCUGGCCAUGCUGAGAUUUGUGCCCUGUCUUUAAUUUACAAGUAA